GGAGUUACGUCUGUUGAUCAGAUUAAAUGUGCGGUAUUGCCAUAAGUAAUGUGCUGCCGUGGUGGAGUGUUCUAUCAUAAUGUGCGAUCUGAGUCGCGUAUAUUCCUGUGAUGAUGUCUACAGAAAGCACUUGACUGCAUAGAAGGCUGCCCUGGAGGACCCUGAGAACUCUGAAUGAAGUAACCCUGCAGGAGUCAGGACGCGGACUGACACUUACUCACGCCGGAAUGCCGUAUUGAAAGAAUCACGUUUAGAAUGGAAGUGAGCACCACAGCGGGACCGGUCCGGAUAACGCGUUCUCUUACCUGAGUGCCCCCUCACCUUUACAAUGCCACGCCGGAAAAGAUGCCGGCUCAUGGUAUGCAGGUUGCGGUGUGUGGUGUUGACUGCUCCCCUUGCGCUCUUUGUGAUGUUGGUAACACUGCUGGACCCGUUGUCAACUAAGUACGAGGAAAACAAACAUGAGUUUUACGAGCACGUCUCACCUCGGUUCGUGGACUUGGAGGAGAUUCUGCAGGACGAAGUGCAAAUGGAUAAGGAUGGACUGUCGUCGUGGAGUUCCUUCAGAGAAGACCAGCUCCUAGUUGUUCAUUCAGAUGGCAAAUUAAGCACGCACGAUGGUAAAAGGGGCAACUAUAAGAUGCUAAAAACUACAGUCCAGAAGAAAGUGGACAGCUGGGUGUUGACGCUCGGAAAGACUACGAGCCCAAUGCACGUUACAGUGAACGAGCUCGGCGCCGAGUCGCCAGCGAGGAUGCUCCGGGUACGCGAGGUGCCCAACGAGCUCCUUUCUCUUCGCAGAAAGCUUCCUGACCUGCGACACACAUUGUGUCCUGUUAAUCAUGACAUUUCAAAGUUACCUACUACUAGUAUCAUCAUUUGUUUUCACAACGAGGCUCUGUCAACCCUUCUGAGGACAGUAUACAGCAUCUUGGAAACAGUACCAAAGAGUCUUCUACAAGAAGUAAUUCUAGUGGAUGACCUCAGCCAGCAAGCUUAUCUCAAGACUACUUUGAGUGAGUACAUUUCCAGACUAGAACGUGUCAAACUGAUCAGGAGCAACAAAAGGGUUGGAGUUAUUGGCGGCCGUCUGCUGGGAGCAGCACGAGCAUCAGGAGAUGUGCUAGUAUUUAUGGAUUCCCACUGCGAAUGUCCCAGGGGGUGGCUGGAACCUCUGCUUACACAAAUAGCUGAUGACAGACAUCGAGUGGUAGCUCCUGUAUUAGAUGUCAUUGACUUGAAGUCCUUUCAGUACUUGCAAAUGAUUGAUCAGCAAAGAGGAGUAAUUGAUUGGAACCUGGAUUUUCACUGGGAGCCAUUACCUGUGUCUCAAACGGAGAAAGAACGAUCCCCCAUCAGCCCUAUCAGGAGCCCUAUUUUGCCUGGAGGAGUACUAGCCAUUGACAGACAUUACUUCCAGAAUAUUGGUGCAUAUGAUCCUGAUUUGUCCAUUUGGGGGUUAGAAAAUGUGGAGUUGUCCAUCAGGGUUUGGCUGUGUGGAGGCUCCCUGGAGAUCUUGCCUUGCUCUCGAGUUGGACAUUUGAAUAAUGAAAAUGUCUCUGAUGCUCUUCCUGAUGAAAGAACUCUGCUGAAGAAUAAAGUCCGAGUAGUAGAGACAUGGUUGGACAGUUUCAAGGAAAUUUUCUACAGGCGUGACACUGCUGCCUACCUUGCUAGCAAAGCUGAAGACACCAACAGCACUGAGAGGCUGAACCUACGCAGAAGAUUAGAAUGCAAGAACUUUGACUGGUUCCUGAAAAACGUUUACCCAGAGCUUUAUAUUCCUCAAGACAGGCCUGGCUACUCUGGGCAACUAUUGAAUGUGGGCACUGGGUACUGCGCAGAUGUCAAGACCACCUGGGAUGCAAUUGGAUCUCCAGUUCAACUUUCUACAUGCACUGGCAAUGGCAGACAGCACUGUGAAUACAACAACAUGAAAGAAAUCCGUUGUGGAUCAUCUGGACAAAAAUGUUUUGAUGUCAAAGAGGAAAAGGUGAUCUUAACCAAUUGCACUUCAGAGGAGAAAACUCAAUGGGAUGUGCAGAAGGACGGACACAUUUUCCAUAUUGUUUCUGAGAAAUGCCUUGAGGUGGAGGAUAGCAGAGGUGUGAAAGGCCUGUUUCUACACCAGUGCAGUCAAGCUGCCAGCCAGCAGUGGCGGUUUGAACAACUGGUGUUCACAACCAAAGGCUAAUGUGCCCGUUUACUCUCCAUGAGAGAGGAGAUGAACCCAUACAUGUCUUCUACGGAAGAACACCAAAGCAAAGUAAAAAAUGACUGCAUUCUUAAAGGGGGAAAUGUUCAGAAAUAACUGCUAAGAGGACAAUGAUCAAGUUAUUAAGAAUGCAAGAGCUGAAGUAUUCACUCUGGUUAUGAGUGUGCUUUUCUAGCAUAUAAGAAUUGAUAACUAAAUAGGAAAGCAUUCCGUAUUAUUCAUAUAGUCACAGGAAGUAACAAAGGGCCUUUUGAAAACAGUUUUAAGUACUAAAAGAUCUGCUGAACUUCUCUAUAUUUAAUUACAGAGAAUUAUAGAGAUAAAUAAAUGUUUAUUUGA